GCCCCACGAAAACGGUACCCCCCACCACCCACCACGAAUUUUAGGACCACAAUAGUUACUAAUAGAAAUAAAUGCAAAAUGGCUGUCUAACGUUUGGGAGCAGCGACCGCCGAAGAUCGUGGAAAUGUGCAUGGAAAGCGGCUCGCAGGACAGAAUGAAAAGCGCGUGAAAAUGUAGCAGACACCCUGCCUAUCUUCUCAAUCGCGCAUACGAAUAUCGGUGCAAAGGGAAAAAACAAAAACCAAGGAAAAUACAGCCAAACGCGAAUGUGCAUGUGAAGCAAAAUUGAAGCGGUGCAGCCGUCAUAAAAAAGUGAUAAACCCCUGCGCAGGUCAACUGAUAAGCGGAGAAGCCACCCAAACCGACUGGCGACGAUAAGGGAUAUCUAUAAUCUGACAUCUGGGAUAUAGAAAAGGCGCAUCCGGAGGAUCCGGAGCGAGCAUGUCGCACGGUGGAGCCGGUGGCGGUCUGGGAGCCCAAACUGUUGGAGCCGGCCAACUUGGAGGCGGUGCAGCGGCAGCUGGCGGUGGAGAAUACCACGAACUCCACUGGACGGUCUCGAGUGUCAUGGACUCGUCUCGGGUCUCCACCUGCCUCAUAUCGAUGCUGCUGAUCGUGUACGGUAGCUUUCGGUCCCUGAACAUCGAGCAGGAGGCCCGCGAGCGGGAGCAGAAGAAGCGAAAUGAAUCGAUGACCAAUCUGCUGACCGGCGAGCCCGUCGAGAAGGAACCAAAUCUCUAUUUCACAGCGGACAAGUUCGCCACCCUGGACACGAUGCAUGCCCUGUGUUUGCCCCUCGGAGCUUCCAUCUCACUGCUCAUCAUGUUCUUCUUUUUCGACUCGAUGCAGCUGCUCUUCGCCGUCUGCACAGCGAUCAUUGCUACCGUGGCGCUGGCCUUCCUGCUGCUGCCCAUGUGCCAGUACAUCAUCAGGCCAUGCACGGAUGGGAAGCGAUUCUCCUUUGGGAUCUGUGGUCGCUUCACGGCGGCGGAGCUCUUCAGCUUCACGCUUUCAGUGUCGAUUGUGUGCAUUUGGGUGCUCACUGGACACUGGCUGCUGAUGGAUGCUAUGGGAAUGGGCCUGUGUGUGGCGUUCAUUGCGUUUGUGCGUCUGCCCAGCUUGAAGGUGUCCACGCUGCUGUUGACCGGCCUGCUCAUCUACGACGUCUUCUGGGUGUUCCUCUCCUCGUACAUCUUCAGCACCAACGUGAUGGUCAAGGUGGCCACGCGACCCGCCGACAAUCCAGUGGGCAUCGUGGCCAGAAAGCUGCAUCUGGGCGGAAUUGUGCGGGACACACCGAAGCUGAAUCUGCCCGGAAAGCUUGUUUUCCCCAGCCUUCACAACACGGGCCACUUCUCCAUGCUGGGAUUGGGCGAUGUGGUGAUGCCGGGACUGUUGCUGUGCUUCGUCUUGCGAUAUGAUGCGUACAAGAAGGCGCAGGGCGUCACAUCGGAUCCCACGUUGUCGCCGCCCCGGGGAGUUGGCUCCCGGCUGACAUACUUUCAUUGUUCCUUACUGGGCUAUUUCUUGGGUCUGCUAACGGCGACGGUCAGUUCCGAGGUCUUCAAGGCGGCUCAGCCCGCGCUGCUGUAUCUGGUGCCCUUUACGUUACUGCCGCUCUUGCUGAUGGCCUAUCUGAAGGGCGACCUGCGGCGCAUGUGGAGCGAGCCGUUUAUCGCGCAACAACCAUCAAAACAACUGGAAGUCUGAGUGUACUCUAUCUAAAAGCAAAGAAAAACAAACAACAAACACCGUGAAGAACACACACAAGAUCUAAUACUAACGUUUGUCUCUUAAAUAACGUAUUGAGUAUGUAUUUUUUAACUCAACUUAACUAAGUUUCGUUUUAAGUUAGGUGAUCCUCGUUUUCAUAGUGAAAUAAAAACAAAAACCGAGUAA